AUGAGUGAUCCCGCAGCUGCCCAAGAUGCCUCGGGAAGACAGCCCACCUCCUCCUCCGCCACCGCCGCCCAACUCGCCAGUGCAAAGGUAAUUCUUCGCAACAAUCUGCGCCAGUUCCCGGACUUUCCCAUUCCUGGCAUUGACUUUGUCGAUAUCAUGCCGCUCUUUGCCAACCCCGAAGCCCAUGCCACCCUCGUCAACGCUCUCGAGCUCCAGAUUACCCAGACCUUUACCAACUCCAAACCCGAUGUAAUUGUUGGUCUCGAUGCUCGCGGUUUCCUCUUUGGUCCCGGCCUCGCUCUGCGUCUCGGUGUCCCCUUCGCUGCUGUUCGCAAGAAGGGCAAACUCCCCGGUCCUUGUGUUACCGCCGAGUACGUCAAGGAGUAUGGCAAGGACUUCUUCCAAAUGCAGCAGGAUGCUAUUUCCGAAGGCCAAAAGGUUCUCAUUGUCGACGACAUUAUUGCUACUGGUGGCUCUGCCAAGGCUGCUGCCGAUCUUGUCACCCAGCUUAAGGGCCAAGUCAUGGGCUACCUUUUCAUCCUUGAGAUUCCUGGCCUCAACGGCCGCGACAAGCUUCCAGCCGCUCCCACAACCAUCCUCCUCGAGGAUGCCUAA